UGGGGAGGAAUUGUAAACAAAUGUUUACUUAAUCUUUACCAAUGGGAUGCACAAUGGCAGCAACAUGAAAAUCUUUGACUAUAACUCAUUGGCAUCUUACAAAUGUGACCAUAACUUCUCACUUACUGGAGAGGCCUCCAUUCACAGUACAACUAAAGAUAACAUGAAUGGAGUCUGGAAUGGGUCUGCCCCUGAAUGCAAAGGUUGUCGGACCCAUGGAAGGCGCCGUCGUGACGUCCCCCCUGAUACUAAUGGCAGAGAAGGGCCAGACGGAUGCUUUCGUGUCUCUGUUAAAAACCCUGGUCAGUGUGGGACCCUGCCAAUGCUCAGUCUUGCCGUCCCCCGUGAUACUAGUCGCACAGAGGGCUUCCCUAUCGGCACAGAAGUGACAUACAGGUGCCUUGAUGGCUUUGUUAAAAUCCCUGGAAAGUCAGACACUGUAGUUUGCCUUUCAAACUAUAAGUGGUCAACCAUUGGAGAGUUUUGUAAUGAAAUGGAAUGUAAACCAUUAGAACUAGAAAAUGGCAGGGUUCAUUUCACGGAUCUCCGGUUUGGUGCAACAGCAAACUUCUCCUGUAAUGAAGGGUACAGAUUAAUUGGAGCGACUUCUGCCCAAUGUGUGGUUGUGGGAAAUGGAGUUGAUUGGGAUAAGAAGGUUCCACUUUGCGAAGGAAUACCUUGUCUUCCACCUCCUGAUAUCCCCCAUGGAUCCUAUACUGGUCAGAGUGAACAAGAGUUUUCCUUUGGCUCAGCGGUAACUUACAAAUGUGACCAGGGCUUCUCUCUUAUUGGAGAGGCCUCCAUUCAUUGUACAACGAAAGAUCAUGUCAACGGAGAGUGGAGUGGGCCUGCCCCUGAAUGCAAAGAUUAGUAGCAUCUGUUUUUAUCCCCUUCUUGUUCUACUAUCUCCUCCCAGGAAAAACUGUAUUUUGAUUGAAUUUCCUCAGGUUUAUGGGUUUACUUAGCAGUUAGUGCUUAGUCCCCCUAAAUACGUAUCAUGAAAACUAGUUACUGUUGGAAAACUAAAGAAUGACUGACACUUCAUAAAUAAUUCCUGGAAACCAUUUUUGCCUCUAAUCCAUCCUGUAUUUUUUGUCUCCCUUCAGUGUUCCAAGGUUGCAGUUAAUUCUUAUGUCACAAACAGUUGAUUUUUUUUUUUUUUAAGG